AUGGAUAAGAACGGCGCCAAGGACGUCAAGUCCGAGUCGCAAGACGAACACAAGGAGAAGCGCGACAAGCCUGAGAACGGCAACCAUGUUCAGCCUUCCAAGAGCCCCAAGAAGCGCCGCAAGUUUGCUGCUGUCCAUCGUGUCCCCUCUGCCGGCUCCCCCGCUCGCGUGACUACACUAGCUAACCUCUGCUUCCCCUCCCAGCUUGCGUAUAUUGCCGGCGAUCUAUGCAUAAAGCGCAAUAUUGGCCACCUCUGCCAUGACGAGCCGCGCGAUCCCGACUCCAAGAAGGCAAAGAGCUCCCACGCCGCCUCCGCCGUUGACGACUCCGAGUCGACGCAGACCGAGCUCGCCGCUCGAGGCUCCAUCGACCAAUCCGCGGCCGGGUCCAUGGGCCCGCCGCCUCCUUUCGACAGGAAGGCGUCCGCUGCCUUUGGCGCUGCUGUCUUGGGCCAGGGCAACCCGCUGCACCUUGUGUCACCGAGCUCGGUGUCUGGCAUGCCGGGCAACGGCAGCAAUAUGAACCAAUUCGCCGGAUUCUCCGACGCGUGGUUGACGGCGCAGAACCACUACCACGACAUGCAAAGCUACCACCCCAACAACUACAUGAUCGCACCCGAAGUCACGCACGAGUUCAACCUGCUCAACGAUUUCCUGCAGACGAGCCUGCUCGAUGACGGCGGCAUCCUCUCCGACGAGUCCCAGAACAGCCCCGCCUUCAGCAGGUCAGCCGGCGCAAACGACAUGCUGCCCACCUUCGGCAACAACAGUAAUAACAACGGCGCCGCCAACAGCAACAGCAACAGAGCCACGGCCGCCAACGCGCUGUCGCAGAUGCUGCCGCCGCCGAACCUCGAGCAGGGCAAGUCGAUAUCGCGCCCCGGCAGCGUCGUCCAGGGCGACAACAAGGACAAGGCGCGCGAGUACUACCUGCAGGCGGCGGACCCGUCGGGCAACGACACGCCCGAAGAGCGCAUGGACCGCGUGCUCAAGGCCAAGUACGAGGCGGGCUUGCUGAAGCCGUUCAACUACGUCAAGGGCUACGCGCGGCUGGGCACCUACCUCGACAGCCACAUCGCGCCGUCGUCGAAGCAGAAGAUUCUGCGCACGAUCGACCGCUUCCGGCCCAAGUUCCGCGAGAAGGCGCAGGCGCUGACGGACAUGGAGCUGCUGUACGUCGAGAUGUGGUUCGAGAAGCAGCUGAUGGAGUACGACCGCGUGUUCGCGAGCAUGGCGGUGCCGGCGUGCUGUUGGAGGCGGACGGGCGAGAUUUUCAGGGGGAAUAAUGAGAUGGCGGAGCUGCUGCAUGUGCCGGUUGAGAACUUGAGAGACGGCAAGAUCUCUCUGCAUGAGAUUCUCACGGAAGAGUCUCUGGUGCGAUACUGGGAGGAGUUUGGGACGAUAGCUUUCGAUCCCGCCCACGAUACGUUACUCACGGCCUGCACGCUGAAAAGCCCGGACGACAAGUCGACAGAUCCGGUCAUUAACUGCUGCUUUUCAUUCAUGAUUCAACGAGACAAUCAUAAGAUCCCUACACUCAUCAUCGGCAACUUCCUGCCCAAUGAUCUUCCAGCCCGUCCGCGAAGUAUCCAGUAUGCCUCCCAGAGACCUGCCAAGGCCGUGGGACUCCCCCAGGCCGGCAUCAACAAACCUUCCCAGGCCAGAGAGUGCCGGAAGGACAACCCAGCUCAUAGGUUCGUGAUACCACUCUGUUGUUCCGCCAUCCGUGUGCUGAUCGACGAAGCCUUCGCCGACAACCUCCUCAAGCGUCUCCCCGAAGCCCGAGACCCCCCAGCAAUCGACACACUCCACGAGGAGCUCAUGAAGAAGCUCAACAACACCCACGGCUUCCCCAAUCUGCCACGAGGAAAGUCCAGGAGCCAGAGAAACGAGCUGGAUCGGAAGGGGACAGAGCUAUGGAACCUGUGCACGAGACUCCGCCGCGACGAGAUGCCCGGAGAGCCGCCGACGCGGAAGAAGUUGUUGCUUCGGGCUCGGGUGUUUGCGUUCUUGAUGAUUGAUAUUGCGAGGUUCUGGAAGGUGGCGGAGGAUGCGCGGCCGGAGGACUGGAUGCCCCUGGCGGAUGUGGUGCAUUUGAUGAGGCUGGCGCUGAAGGCUGGGAAGAUGUGCCUUGAUGACUGCGGUGCGAAGUUUGCCAACACUGUGUUUCUGAAGGCUUCGAAUUACAGCGAUCUCCUGGGAAGACUGACACAGACCAUGCUGGGACCUGACGAUUUGGCGGAGUGCAAGAGGUUGGAGUCGGAGUACUACAUUCUACGGACCGCAAUGUGCUGGAAGGAGGGAAACCUCAAUGUUGCCGACUUCAUGUACGACAAGGGCCAGCCGACGAUCCAGACGCUCGACCCCGGCUCUGCCGAACUGCUGGCGGAGGUUCUAUUCGAAAUUGGCAAGGACUUCUCCAAGAAGGGCGACUUCAAAAUGGCUGUCAAGUGGCUCGAGCGCGCGUACGAUAUCAUCAACAGCCAGGAGCUCGACCGUUUGUCGAGGGAGGCGCUCGAGCUGCGCCUCUCCGUGUGCCAGGCACAUAUCCACGCCCUUCUAGGGAUGAACACGCCCGAGGCUUUGCAGAAGGCGCAAGAUUUGGUCAGCUACGUGGAGCAGGAAGUUGGAGAGCAGCCGGUCGUGCUGCUGCUUCGUCUUGAGUUGCUGCAGAAAGCGCCGGCGGAGGUGUUUGACGUCGAGGCGUAUGCAGAUAUCUUGAAGCACAUGGUGCAGCGGUUCAACUUCUCGGAGGCGCAUUUCAAGUUACUCAUUCACCAUGCGCGCAAGCUUCACGACAAAAGCCCGUCGAUGGCCCUGCGUAUGGUGAAUGGAAUGCUGAAGAGCAAUAUUGUUUCUUCGGGACAAUACGAGUGGGUAGAGAGGCUCGUGCUGUUGAGGCUAUGGAUGGAGGAAAGCCAGAGGGACAGCGAGCUCGCUAUCGAUGAAUUGAUGAAUGUGUUGCGAGGUGUAGAGGCAAAUUUGACGCAGCCUUUCGGCGCGUCUGCCGCCGUUGCAGCUCUGACUAUUAUGUGGAAAAAGAUCGAGGUCAACUACAACCAAGGCCACUUCCAACUUGCCGAGGGCUGGUGUCGGAUCGCGUUGCAAAGCAUAUUUGAGAACGGAGGGCCGGCCAACAGGUCGAGGCUCUGCAGAAAGCUCAUCCUCUGCGCCCUGAAUCGCAACAAUACCGAAGGAGCACGACAAAUAUUCCAUGAGAUGCCAGGGGCGGCACGAAACGAGACCAUGACGCGGUACCUCAUGUAUAAGGUUGCACUCCAAACCAGGGAUCAUGACUUGGCGGCAGAUUGUCUGGAGCGAAUAGGGGCAGGCGCAGCUCAGGACCCCAACUUUCUCUAUGCCUGUGUUCUGGAGGCGCAGAAGGCAAGAGACAAAAUUUGCGCAGGGCAGGCCAUGAGGCAGCUGCUCGAAAGACACGAGUUCAACGAAGACUCGCCGAUACAUCUACCGGCACUGCUUCGCAGCAAUAUUCGAAUAUCCGUGGCGGCUGUGGAGGGAGAGAAGAGCUCAGCUCGGAAUGCUUGUAUUGAAGAGGUGGCUAGCUUAUUCGAACAAGCUGCCAGAGCAGUCCAAAGAGACCCCAGAGACAAGGAAGGACAUCGUUUGUUUACAGUCAGGGAGUUGGACUGGCUUUGCCAGAACGCUUACAACCUUGGUCUGAAGAACUCGUCAAACUGGGACCUUUAUCCUGUCUUGCGACUAUUUGCCUCUUGCCUUGAAAUUAUCAACCACUAUCCGUCGGAUCUACCAACGGACUCAAUGGUGGACCUCCGCUUCCGCACCAUGUUUAGUCAUUUCGUCAUGGCAGCCGGCAAGAUUUCAAUAGCUCGAACAGAAGAUAAUACGGAGAAGCAAUUACAGUGUUACCUGGAUGCAAGGAAGCACGUCAAGGCGUACGACGGCCUCUUCCAGGUGCAAGUAACAGCAGCAGACGCCCUCACCAAGAAGGAUUUGAACAUCAAACUUGCGGCGCUACUGGUUUUUGAUUUCGAGGCGGCGCUGGCUCUAAAAGAUUACGACGGCCUGGGAGAAAUCCUUCAGCUCGCGAGGUCGUGCAAGGAUGUCAGGUCGUGGAAGGCAAUUGGCGAUCUUGCGCUGGGCGGCAAACUACCUGGUGACAAAUUAUAUUCAACGCUGGGAAUCGUCGUCAAUGAGAUUUGGGAGCUUGAGAGCAUAAAGUGCGACAAACUGGCCAAGUAUACGCGGUGCAUGUUUCAAGCGGUGCGGUUGUUAGACGCGGAAUCGGGCCAGAAGGUCAUCUUACAGGCCAUCGGAGUGGCCAAGAGUGCUAAGGAGACCCCAAAUCCUUAUCCCACAGAAGAGCUAGAGUGGCUUGCAACGACGGCCUUCAACCAGGCCGUGGACUGUUACAACGAAAGGAGAUAUGAAGAGUGUCAGACGUGGGCAGACCUCGCAACCAACCUGGCGCACUAUGCCAGCGACGGAGGAGCACUGGAGAGGCAAUGUCACGAGAAAAGGGCGAAGCUUGACUUUGACAUGAAAUGA